AUGGAGGAAGGCGAAGUGAAUGUGUGUCCCCCGCCCGACCUGCUAAACAGGUACAAAAGCAAGUACGGCAAAAUAGACAUCGACAAGGCGAGGGGCAUCCUGCAGGAGCACUUUGGCAUUACAGACUUUAAGGAAAAGCAAGUGGAGUGUCUAAACGCAAUUAAAAAUUUCGAGCAUGUCCUAAACAUUAUGCCAACAGGAGGAGGGAAAUCACUCAUCUACCAAGUAACCCCACUGCUCAUCGGAGGAAUCAGUAUCGUUAUCAGUCCGUUAAUCUCCCUUAUGUAUGACCAAACAAAGUCACUGAAGAGAAAAAAUAUUGUUGCAGAAACGAUCAAUAGCUCACUCAAUAAGAAGGAAAAUGAGAAAAUCUUGAAUCUUCUUAAAAACUACAAUGAUUGCGAUAUAAACGUUUUGUAUGUAACCCCUGAAACAGCCACUAGUGAGUAUUUUAUUAUUCUGCUGAAGGAGCUUUACAUGAAUGAGAAGAUUGCUUUGAUAUCUAUUGACGAGGUACACUGCAUAAGCACCUGGGGGUGCGACUUUAGGAAAAGUUAUCGGAAUUUAAGCAAAGUGCUGCAGGUGUGUCCCUAUGUGCGCGUAUACACCUGCACGGCCACCGCCACCAAGUGCGUAGAGAAGGACAUCAUUUUGAACUUGAACAUGGACGUACACCGCGUGGAGGGGGCUGUCAGCAAAUGGACGCUCGAAAAUGGGCACGAUCAGGCGAAGCAGCAGCAGGAGCAGCCGAAUGGACUGGCUACCGAUAAGCAGAUUGAUAUAUGUAGGGACCCCCAGGAUGACACCUUAAACUCCCUGCGAAUCGUACGAACCUCGUUCAACAGACCCAACCUGAAGUACGUCAUCAUAUACAGCGACCUAAUCCACACAGAAAAGAAAAGAAGCAUUUUUCACAUCAUCCAGGAGAAGAGAAAUGUGGACAAGAUAGGUAUUAUAUACUGUUUUAAACGAAACACGUGCGAUGAAAUUUCCAAGUACUUAAGAGAGCAGGGUAUUCAAGCACUGAGUUAUCAUGCCGGGUUGACCACUAGCGCAAGGAAGAGAAUACAAGAAAAGUGGAUCAACGGAAAGGCUAAAAUUUUAGUGGCCACCAUAGCGUUUGGAAUGGGUAUCGACAGGAAGGAUGUGUCCUUUAUUAUUCAUUUUAAUUUACCCAAGUCGAUAGAAAAUUAUUACCAAGAGUGUGGGCGCUCUGGCAGAAACGGAAACGUUUCCUUUUGUUACCUUUACUACUCCAAGGAAGAUGUAGAGAAACUGUCCUACAUCAUUCGAAGCAGAUAUUCCAACUUGGACCAGCAGGACCUCACCAUACAGAAGAAGUUCGAGAAGGAAAUAUACAACCUCGAGUGCAUGCACAACUUGUGUGUCCAGGAGAAAUGCGUGCGUUCGCAGAUUUUGGCGCACUUCGGCGAGCUCCCUCCCCCCAAGGGUAUUAGCGGUAAUGGCGACGAUGACUACUGCUGCUCGUACUGCUCUGACGUGAAAGGCUCGAGGGACAAAAUCGAGCAAGUCAUUAAAUUGUAUCAGGAUGCUCACUGGAACAUCCAGUCCAAAUACAACAGAACCAGUGACAACCACGUGACCUCCAUUACGAGCAACCUCCACGAAAAGAAGCACAAGCUAAGUGAUUACUCCGACUCGGAAAAUGAACGUGGGCUAAGUCACUAUAAACUAACCAACAAAAAGAUUAAAGGGUUUGUUCCCUUCCAGAGGGCAUCAUCUAUAAUUUCCAAGGAUAUUCGAGACAAGGGCAUCACUGAAGUUAUGAAGGAGCUGGAGAGAAGAGAGGAACUGAUGGAGAACAGGCUGGAGGAGCGGACCCCCAAGAUCGGGAAAAUGAGGAAUUCCUUUUCGCUCCUCACUAGUGUGAAAAAGACGCCCGUGUUUUCGUCCUUUAAGGUUCCCCGCAGGUUGUGA